AUGGAGUCUGCAAACGUACAUCAGCUUGAAAAUCAUGUCGUUGAAUCUUCUUCUUUAGCUAUCCCUUCUUGCUAUGGAGUUGGAAGCACCCCAAACACCAUUCUGAACUCAAAUGGAGCUAUUAUAAAUCCAAGGCAGGAGAGUGAAAAUCUAUGCACUUCAAUUAAUGUUUCAAUGAUUCCAGACUUGGGAUUCCAUUGGGCUAAUGCUACUACAGAUCAAAGGUUCACCGGUGAAUCUGCUGAAAGGAUCAAGAAACAAUGCUUAAAUAAUACUUACCCUAAUAGAUAUACUGAAAUCUUGAACAGCCCACAAUUAAGAGAGAUGCCGUUGAAUGAUCUCAAUGCAAAACUCUUGCUUAGAACUUCUUUUUCUGGGAAUCUAACCAGUGGGAUUCAACUUACUUCAGGAGAGCUAUUAGCAAACUCUCCAACUACUGGAAGUGGAAGUGGAAGGGGCUUCAAUCGGAUAUUACCUAGUGUAAAUGUUUCGAAUUUGAAUCUAUCUGCAUCUUUAGCGAAUUCAAGCUCUUCGGAUAUGAACUUGGAGGCACUGGACGUUCUUACAUCUUCAAGAUUUACUGGGAAGUUUAGCCCGUCUUCGCAAAAUGAACAAGGCCUAUUUAAAGAUGAUCUUUCUUAUUAUGGCUUUGAUUAUACGAAGCGAUCAAACAAAACGCCAUUUCAUAGCAUAAAUAAGGUAUCAGCCUUGAGCAAUGGAGCAGCACUAGGAAAAAGCACCAUCACUAUAAAGGAGGGAAAGGAAGUUGAAACAGCAAAACCUCGAUUAGAUUCACGCGCCGCCUGCUCACCACCCUUUAAAGUCAGAAAAGAGAAAUUGGGUGAUAGAAUUUCAGCCCUUCAACAGUUAGUAGCUCCCUUUGGCAAGACGGACACAGCAUCCGUACUAAUGGAGGCCAUUGGGUAUAUAAAAUUCCUUCAAACUCAAGUUGAGACUCUAAGUGUCCCUUACAUGGAGUCAACACGGAACAAGAUCAAUAGAGAAAUUGAAGAGGGACUUGCUGCAGAAAGUGAAAAUGAAGAUUCAAAGGGAGACCUUACGAGGCGAGGUCUAUGUUUGGUACCCGUGUCGUGGUUAACAUACGUAACUGAUGGUGGCCGCGGAGCUGUUUGGCCGCCACCUCACUAUGGUGGCGCCACCUAG